UAUGUUUAAAAAUUAAAAUUACAAGUCAAUGGAUUGAAAUUUGCCUUAAAUAAAAAUGAAAAUUUAGUGAAUAAUUCAAGUGAAUUUUUGUGAUAAAAUAAUUAAAACAAGUGUUGAUAAAAAAAAAAAAAAUAAAAAGAACUUUAAAAGGAUCAUCAAAGUCAUCAAAAGUUAUUAUCACAUUGUUGUCAAUUGGUGUGUUUGAGUGUCAAUAAUAAUCAAAAAAAUAAUAUCAAGGUUUACUCAUUGAAUCACCAAAUGAAUUUUAUGUGAACUGAAUCACAUGACGUCAUAUUAUAUAGAGUCAGAUGGUCAGGAUACUCUCGGGAAUCCGGAAAAAAUUCAUCAAGAUAAUAAAUAGCAAAAUUGUUUAUUAUGUUUGUUGUCUAAAAAAACAAUACCAUCAUCAGCAUCAUCAUCAUCAAAUAAGAAAUAUUUUUUAUUUAUUUUAAAACGAAGGUAAAAUCGUUUUUAUUUAUUUUUUUUUCAAUAAGGAUAUUAUUAAUUGUCCUUGUCGAAUGGGAACCAAGACAAGUGCCAUUUGUAGAGGAAAUAUUUAAUUUAUUGAAUUUUAAUUUUUGUGAUGCAACAAGACCAAUUGAUAAUUUAAAAAAAAAUAAGCAAAAUAAAAAGGAUAAAAAUAUUCAUCAGAUAUUGAAUGAUCCUUGAAUAAAGGACUAAAAAUAAAAUGACUGUUACAUAUACUGCUGAAGUUGCAACCUGUCGUGGUUUUGGCUGCUUCUUAAAAUUAUUACUGAGAUGGAGAGCAAGUAUUUACAAACUUGUAUGGAUGGAUUUAGCACUAUUUUUAACAAUAUAUUAUUCAUUAUCAGCAUUAUAUCGUUUUCUUCUAAAUAAUUCACAAAAACGUACAUUUGAAGCUGUUGUUGCAUAUUGUGACGAGUACAGUGAUCUCAUACCAUUGUCUUUUGUACUUGGUUUUUAUGUCAGUAUAGUCAUGACCAGGUGGUGGAAUCAGUAUAUUUGUAUACCUUGGCCUGACUCAAUUGCUGUAUUUGUAUCAGCUACAAUACAUGGUAAUGAUGAACGAGGUAGACUCAUGAGACGUACUAUUGUCAGAUAUGUAUGUGUUUGCUUGACUCUUGUAUUGGCAAAUGUAUCACCACGUGUAAAAAAACGUUUUCCAACACUUGAUCAUUUUGUUGAAGCUGGUCUGUUACUUGAAAAUGAACGUGUUAUAUUUGAAUCAUUAAAUUCAAAAUUUCCAAAACCAAGUAAACAUUGGCUGCCAAUUGUUUGGGCAUCAAGUAUUGUAACAAGAGCAAGAAAAGAAGGAAGAAUACGUGAUGAUUUUGCUGUUAAAACAUUGAUUGAUGAAUUAAAUAAAUUUCGUGGUAAUUGUGGUAGACUCAUACAUUAUGAUACAAUAUCAGUACCAUUAGUUUAUACACAAGUUGUUACACUUGCUACGUAUACGUAUUUUUUAACAAGUGUCAUGGGUAGACAAUGGGUUGAACAAACAGCUAGUGGUAAUCCAGAACAAGCUGCUAAAAUACCAUCAAAAAUUGAUUUAUAUUUUCCAGUAUUUACAACAUUACAAUUUUUUUUUUAUAUGGGUUGGUUAAAAGUUGCUGAAACAUUGAUUAAUCCAUUUGGUGAAGAUGAUGAUGAUUUUGAAGUUAAUUGGAUUGUUGAUAGAAAUUUACAAGUUAGUUAUUUAAUUGUUGAUGAAAUGCAUCAUGAUCAUCCAGAAUUAAUAAGAGAUCAAUAUUGGGAUGAAAUAUUUCCUGUUGAAUUACCAUAUACUGCUGCUGCUGAACCAUUUCGUGAAGAGCAUCCAGUUGCAUCAACUGCUGGUAUUCAGCUAUCAGCAGCACAACAAGAAUUAUUACCGUCAUCAGUUAGAAUUGAUGAAAUGAUAAAUGCUGGUUCUUAUGGUGAAAAAUUUCGUAAUGAUAUUGCUGAUGAUGCUGCAUCGGGUAUUCAUUUUAUGGCUGGUGGUAAAUUAUCAAGAAGUGCAAGUAGAGUUAGUGCAAGAGAUAGAGCUCUUAAUACUGGUUCAACAGCAAGUAAUAUUGGUGGUUCAUUACCAAGAGUUAAUAGUAUCACAAGUUUUGUUAAAAGAAUAUUUACAAAAGAUGAUAGACCUGAUGGUAAUAAAACACCUGGAAGAAUUCCAAAUUCAAGUUCAUCAGCAUCAUUACAAAAUCGAUAUGGUGGUGCUGGUGGUUCAAUGAGAAUUGGUGUUAUUGAAGAAGUUGAUGAACAAAUGACAAUGACAUCAAUUCGUCCAGAACAUCGUCCACAUGUUGCAAGUAUUUUUCCUACUGGACCACCAAUACCAAGUGCUCCAGUUGAUGUACCCAGAAAAAUGUACAGAAAUGGAGAUAUACUGUCAACAAGUGCUCCAGCUGGUCCAGCAGUUCCAACACGUUAUCCAAGACCACAACUAUCAUCAAAUUCAGCACGAUCAAGUGUUGCUUAUGAGUAUGGUCCAGUUGAAGAAGACAAUAUAAGUAUACAAUCAGCAUGCACAUCAACAGGAUCAUCACAAGUUCCAGAAGAUGAUGAAUUUACAAAAUUAAAACUUGAACGUGAUAAACAAAGACAUGACAGAGCAAUGAAAAAAUUCGCAAGAAGUACCAGCGAAAAUCAACCAACAAGUAGAUCAUCUGUUGAUUUAAGUCGUGAAAAUCUUUUACUUGGUGAACUUGCAGAGGCAUCAAGAAUAUCAUUUAGUCAAGCAAAUCGUAGUGACAAUUAUCGCGAAUCAGAAAAUGUAUAAUAGCUUCAUGUAAUUUUUUUUACAAUAUUUUUUUUUGAUGAUUUAGUGAUAAUCCAGUGCCACAUAGAAAAUAUUAUAUUAUCAAGCAACUGUUGAUUUGAUAUUGAUUCACUAAUAAUAUUUAUAAUAUGUAGGACAAAUUUUUAUUGUUAAAAAAAUUAUGUAAGUAUAUUUUUUUCUUUUAACGUUAAAUUAUAUAUUUAUUAGUUAAUUAAAUUUUAUUAUGUGUACGAACAAUAACUAGAAAAGCAAUAAGCUUCUAUUGAUUAUGUUAAUUUUAAAUUGUAGGUAAAUUUUUUAGCACCAAUUGACAAUUCAAGCCUGUACUUAAAUCGUGUUUUUUAAAUAUUUAUCUUCGUUGUAUGUUUUUUUUUUUUCAAAUUAGAAAAUUAUUUGUUAAUUAACUAUUUUAUAAAAAAUUUUUAUAUCAUGAUAUUAAUAGAACAGGCCAGUGUCUUGCGAUAAAAACGCAAUUACCAUAAGUAUGUACAAAAAAAAAAAAAUAAAUAAUUAAUAUUUUUCUCGCUUAUUUAUCUGCUUGAAAAAAAAAAUAUAUAAUAAUUUAUAAUUCACUAAAUGAUAAAUUUUUAAAUAAGCUUAUUUUUUAUAGUAAAUUUUAAGCUCCAUUUGGAGAAACACGCUCAUACUGCUCAUGUCUAUUUUUUUUGCAUUAUAAAAAAUUAUCACAAUAAUGUAAAAAUAUUUUUUUUAAUUAAAAUUGACAAAAAAU